CGCGGCGAAGCUGGUUUAGGGGCUACCGAUGCCCCCCGCGCUCCUCACUCCGCUGCCGCAGACGGGCUGCAACUGCACUGGGCGCCGUGCGGCCGGGCCGACCAUAGGCCACAAUGCUGCUUGGGGCAUCUCUGGUGGGGGUGCUGCUGUUCUCCCAACUGGUGCUGAAACUACCCUGGACCCAGGUGGGGUUCUCCCUGCUGCUCCUUUACCUGGGGUCUGGCGGCUGGCGCUUUAUCCGGAUCUUCAUCAAGACUGUCAGGCGUGAUGUCUUUGGUGGCCUGGUGCUCAUGAAGGUGAAGGCAAAAGUGCAGCGGUACCUGCGGGAGCAGCGGACAGUGCCCAUUUUGUUUGCUUCAACGGUUCGGCGCCAUCCUGACAAGACAGCCCUGAUCUUCGAGGGCACAGACACGCACUGGACCUUCCGCCAGCUGGAUGACUACUCGAGCAGGGUGGCCAACUUCCUGAAAGCCCGGGGCCUGGCCUCAGGUGAUGUGGCUGCCCUCUUCAUGGAGAACUGCAAUGAGUUCGUGGGCCUGUGGCUGGGCAUGGCCAAGCUGGGUGUGGAGGCCGCACUCAUCAACACCAACCUCCGGCGGGACGCACUGCGCCACUGCCUGACCACCUCCAAGGCACGGGCCCUCAUGUUUGGCAGCGAGAUGGCCCCAGCUGUCUGUGAGAUCCAUGCUGGUCUGGAUCCCUCACUGAGCCUCUUCUGCUCUGGCUCUUGGGAGCCCAGGGCAGUGCCCACUGGCACAGAGCAUCUGGAGCCCCUACUGGACGAUGCCCCCAAGCACCUGCCCAGUCCCCCUGACAAGGGCUUCACAGAUAAGCUCUUUUACAUCUACACGUCAGGCACCACGGGGCUGCCGAAAGCUGCCAUUGUAGUCCACAGCAGGUAUUACCGCAUGGCUGCCCUGGUGUACUACGGAUUCCGUAUGCGGCCAGACGACAUUGUUUACGACUGUCUUCCCCUCUAUCACUCAGCAGGAAACAUUGUGGGAAUUGGGCAGUGCCUACUUCAUGGCAUGACAGUGGUGAUUCGGAGGAAGUUCUCAGCCUCCCAGUUCUGGGACGACUGUAUCAAGUACAAGUGCACAAUUGUACAGUACAUCGGCGAGCUGUGCCGCUACCUCCUGAACCAGCCGCCCCGGGAAGCAGAAAACCGGCACCAGGUGCGCAUGGCACUGGGCAAUGGCCUCCGGCAGUCUAUCUGGACCGACUUUUCCAGCCGCUUCCACAUCCCCCAGGUGGCUGAGUUCUAUGGGGCCACUGAAUGCAACUGCAGCCUGGGAAACUUUGACGGUCAGGUGGGAGCCUGUGGCUUCAACAGCCGCAUCCUGACCUUCGUGUACCCCAUCCGGCUGGUGCGUGUCAAUGAGGACACCAUGGAGCUGAUCCGGGGGACCGAUGGUGUCUGCAUUCCCUGUCAACCAGGUGAGCCAGGCCAGCUGGUGGGCCGCAUCAUCCAGCAGGACCCCUUGCGCCGCUUUGACGGCUACAUCAAUCAGGGUGCCAACAACAAGAAGAUCGCCAAGGAUGUCUUCAAGAAAGGGGACCAGGCCUACCUCACUGGCGAUGUGCUGGUGAUGGACGAGCUGGGCUACCUGUACUUCCGAGACCGCACCGGGGACACGUUCCGCUGGAAGGGAGAGAAUGUGUCCACCACUGAGGUGGAGGGCACACUCAGCCACCUGCUGGACAUGGCUGAUGUGGCUGUUUAUGGCGUCGAAGUGCCAGGAACUGAGGGUCGGGCCGGAAUGGCUGCCGUGGCCAACCCUGCUGGCAGCUAUGACCUGGAGCAUUUUGCACAGUGCCUGGAGAAGGAGCUACCCCUGUACGCCCGCCCCAUCUUCCUGCGCUUCCUGCCCAAACUGUACAAAACAGGGACCUACAAGUUCCAAAAGACAGAGCUGCGAAAGGAGGGCUUUAAUCCAGCCAUUGUGAAAGACCCACUGUUCUACCUGGAUGCCCGGAAGAGCCGCUACUUCCCUCUGGACCAAAAGGCCUACACCCGCAUCCAGGCAGGCGAGGAGAAGCUGUGAUUUGCCCCCUGCAUCUCUCUGAGGGCCAGUGGAUGCUGGAUCUGGAGCCCCAGCUCCCACUCCAGAGAGGUCCUGAGCAGUGCCAGACCAAAGCAAGCAGGGCGUAACACCUCAAACUCAAGGUGCUGACCCCUGUCCCUGAAAACUGCCAUGUGACUCACUGCUGCCUCACCCACCCCCUCUAGAGGUUUUCUGUGAAAGCUUUGUGUCCAUGAGACUGACGGGCCCCAUAGGAUGAUGUCUUGGGUCAGAGCAAGGAGGGGGGAGGGGGUCACCAGGGUCUUCCCAGAGAUAGGGGAGCUCAUCUGUGGGACCGGGGCAGAAGCCCCCAGACUCAGGAAGUCAUCAGAGUGGGCAAGGGCAGGAGUGGCCCAGUCAAUCUGGAGACCGAAGAGGAUCAUGGACCCUGAGCUGCCCAAAUGUCUCUCAGACCUGCCCAUGCCUCCAGGAGGCUGAGAGGUGGGCCUGGUGGGGCCCCUGCUGUUCCACUCUCAGUGGGAAGCCCAGGCAAAGUGCCCUUCUCUCUCCACCCCUCCAUCCUCUUCUCCCUGAGCCGCUGCCUGGCUGUCCCUCAGGCAGGGCUUUUCUGUCUUGGUGGGUCUGUCCACUUCAUCUUCUCUAUCUCAGUCCUGGCCUGGUGAUAAGAGAAGGAAAAAUGGGGCUGCGGCAGGGAGGGGCUCAAGAGCCAAUAAAUUCUGCCUCGACUGCCCAUA